UGUCAUUACUCUGUUCUAUAGUCUUUGUACCAUCGUUGAAUGAAGUUAUGUGUUUGUGUUAAAUGGUUGUGAAACAAAGAGAUUUAUACGAAAUAAAUGAGGCUCGGUAGAGAUUUACUGUUUAACAUUACUCAUGAGUACGGAAGAGACUCUGUUGAAUCUCGAUUUCGACAAACCAAACACAACAAUUACGCCGCCCGAUGACGGUGUGGUAUCUUUGUCGAGUAGUUCGGAGGAGAUUUGUUUAGUGCCAGAGGUCGGGUUCGAGGGCAACGUGGAUUCGCCAGGGGUGAACAGAGAGUCGCAGCCGCUGCUCGGCGGCCGCGGCGACUUCGAGGUUUCUUUUAAUCAUUUUCCAGGCAAAUGGCGACGAUGGUUAGCGAAACAUGACCCGCAGUUCAGCGAGUUGGUAUGGCAAGCGGAGGUGGCCAUCGACAAUGGAAUAUUCCCGGAGAGGAUAUACCAGGGCUCCAGUGGGUCCUAUUUCGUCAAAAAUCCUGGAGGGAAAAUCGUAGGAGUUUUCAAACCGAAAGAUGAGGAGCCGUAUGGUCGUCUGAAUCCAAAAUGGACGAAAUGGAUGCACAAGUUGUGCUGUCCCUGUUGUUUCGGGCGCUCCUGCCUGAUCCCUAACCAGGGCUACCUCAGCGAGGCGGGCGCGAGCCUCGUCGACUCCAAGAUAGGCCUCAAGAUUGUGCCAAAAACUAGGGUGGUGAAGCUAGUGUCGGAGACGUUCAACUACCUGCGGAUAGACCGCGAGAGGUCGCGCCUCAAGCGGGCCAUCACUGAACAGUUCCCCAACCUACGCUUCAACAGAAUGGGACUGCCGCCUAAGGCGGGGUCAUUCCAGCUGUUUGUGGAGGGUUACAAGGACGCGGACUACUGGCUGCGACGGUUCGAGCAGGACCCACCGCCUCCACACGUCAUGAGGAAAUUCCAGCUCCAAUUCGAGCGCCUAGUAGUGCUAGACUACAUCAUACGCAACACUGACCGCGGGAACGACAACUGGCUCAUCAAGUACGACUCGCCGAGCCAACCGCCCGCACACGGCGAUAUAGACCUUAGGGACCCAUCCGAGUGGCGCGGCGCGGAGGUCCGUAUAGCGGCGAUAGACAACGGGCUGGCGUUUCCGUUCAAGCACCCCGACUCGUGGCGCGCCUACCCCUACCACUGGGCAUGGCUGCCGCAGGCCAAGCAACCGUUCAGCCAUGAGACCAAGGAACUAGUACUUCCACUGUUAUCCGAUAUGAACUUCGUACAAGAGCUGUGUGACGAACUUCAUGUACUUUUCAAACAAGACAAAGGAUUCGACAAAGGUCUGUUCGAGCGGCAGAUGUCGGUGAUGCGCGGCCAGGUACUGAACCUGACGCAGGCGCUCAAGGACAACAAGAGCCCCGUGCAACUCGUGCAGAUGCCCGCCGUCAUCGUCGAGAGAUCAAAGAGCGGGUCGACGUCGUCCCGUUUCUUCGAUUCGUUCCAGCAACGCUUCCAGCACAAGUCGCCCUUCUUCUCCUGGUGGUGAGACGAGCACGCCGCUAGAUGUAUAUCAAAAAAAUGGUGAUAAGUUCCACUUGAAGCCGAUGAUUAGUGAUGUAAACACGAUGUAUGUAUAUGUAUGUAUAAUGUAACGUAGACUAGAUAUACCUAUGUACACUGUAACUAGUUCAAUACUGCGCGAGGUAGAUCAAAUGCACGAUCGGCUGCGAUAUUUCAUAUAUUUCAUAUGCAUAUAAAUUGUACUGGUGUUCCGUUUAAGCUAAAUUGUACCUUAUUAUUAUUGAAAUAUGGCCGCACUCGGAGACAUUUAAUGAUUACUUAAACUAUUCCUUAGUAACGAUUUUGCUUAGAAAACAAUUGCUAAGGACAGGGUUAAGUAACCAUUGAAUGACUCUGAAGCAGUUAUUCCGUUUAAGACUCGACUCCUAGUGAUCGUAGCGUGUUGUUUUAUAGCCUAUAUAGCCUUCCUCUAUAAAUGAACUAUCCGACACAAAAAUAAUUAUUCAGUAACCUUAGUACAAGUUUGCUUUACGUUUAAAGUUAUCGAAUCAAGUGCGGGAUUGGUACUCUGAUUAGUUGGUUUAUUCUAACCGGCCAAUUAGAGUGCCGAACGUGCUCUCGUUCGAUUCGAACGUAAAGCAAACACAUACUAAGGGUAAAGUUCGAUCGCUUUUAAGUCUUUGACUGCCCAUAGAAAACUGUUGAAUUGGUCGGUCACCGGUGACCACCACGGCGUUCAAUGUGUUAAAUAAACACUCUUCAGCUUUAUAAUAUCAGUGUAGAUGUAUAAAGUAUCGCAGUCGGUGUUGUGGUAAUUUUUAUUCUUAUUAUAAUUUUUAUCAUCGACAUUGCCUACAAUCUUUGGCUAAAAAUGUUUUAUUUUUGUAUAGUUAUUUUAUUUGUGAUGAUGUUGCUUAGUUUGGGAGGCGAGAGCUCGGCUCGUUUUACUUUCGUUUAGAUAAUAUUGUUUGUUCACGCUAGAUGGCGUUUGCGGCGAUAAUGGGCAUGUAACAAUUGGCUUUUUUAUCCUCUCUUUUUACUAGGAUGUAGCCUCAAAGGUCAAUAGACACCAGUCUGUACCUCUACCAUGAGUUUGAAGCAAUAGUAUUUGUCGAUAGUCGCUAGUGACGACGUAAAUUUUUUGUAUGGCAAAUUUUACAACGCCUCUACCGGUCACUUGUGGAACUAAAAUUUGCCAUACAAAAAAUUUACGUCAGAAAAAUUGUACAGAAUAACAUAAAAUGUCUUCAUUUAAACAAAUAAGACAAAAUUACGAUAUUUUAUGCGGAAAUUCUCACAAAAAUGAUCUUGCAUUAAUAGUCCCAAGUAGCCACAAACACCAUUCUAUUGAUGAUAGAACAAUAAAUAAAUAUUCUUAUGUGACAUUUAAAUAGGCAAUGGUCUCUGCCGGACCCCCUAGUCGAAUACUCUGAUGAUAUCAGAAAAUAAACACGUAUGCAUGGACCUCAACAAAUAUCUUUGACAAAUCAACAUUGUCUAUGGAUCUUCCAAUAGAAUUCUUUAUUCAAAAUUGUGAUACUAACUUGUCUAUGGUUAAUUUUUAUUUGGAGAUUUGCGCAAUGUGACUCAUUUAUGAUUCUUUUUUUUUAUUUUUCAUGAGAAUUUUGGCCAAUUUUUUUAAUUGAAGUUAGUUGUUAUUUAUUAAAUAUUAAAAUUGACGCUAAAUUGUGCAGCUUGUUGAAUUGCUUGUAAACUAUCUUUCGCUAAUGUUAUCCAAUGUUUUAUGAUUUCUAAAUCUUAGUUCCACCUAAUCUUCUUCCUCAUAAAUCUUCCUAGACACUGCCUCGUUGAUCGAAGUAAGUAAACGAUUUCUAUUCAGAGUUGGGUAAAGUGUAAUUACUCAUUAGUUUUGCCUAUUUUAAAAUAUGUCUUAGUAAUCAUAUAACCAUUGGAUGACAUUUUGUGAUAAUAAACAUUCAUUUGAGAUUAGCAACACUGAACCAAAAAAGAAAAUUCACGAGAAAAUUGUAAAUACAAUAUAAAAUAAAGGAGUUUUAGGCAAUUUGUACGUAAUGUCCGUGUAAUAGAUAAUUAAUAUCAAAUUCAUAAAUAAAUAAAAUAUAACUUGAAUAUUACAAUCUGAAUUUAAAACUGCUAGUUUUCUUAUUAGAGGUCUGUUUCACAAACUGUUUAAGUUUCAGAUAGCCUAACUAGCACAUAAUUUGACUGUUCUUAUAAGAUACGAAGAUAAGAUACGUCAACUUAUCCCUCAGUUAGCCUACAGAAGGCCUAUUGUGAGUUUUUAUUUAUGUUAAUGCUAUCUAAACGUUACCGCGUUUAACCUUAUUGGUUGGUUAACCGUGAGUAGCCGUGAGUAGCAAUAUACUCGCAUUAGGCCCUCUGGAAACUUAAUUAAAAGUGGUGAAAUAGGUAAGGGCUUAGUACGAGUUUGUUUUACGUUUGACGAGAUCGAAACGAGAGCGCGUUCGGCGCUCUGAUUGGUUGGUUCAUUCGCUCCAGCCAAUCAGAGCGCGCUCUCGUUCUGUUUUCGUUCAACAUAAACCAAACUCGUACUAAGAGUACAGAAUCCAAUUUUGACUCGUUUCAAUCGAGAUAUUUUAUAAAAUUUCUUCGAUUUAAAAUAUUUUGUUUUUAUGAAGAUGGAUUACGGAGAUGGAUUAUUCGUUAAAUAAAGUUGACACUAUUGCAUAUAAAAUGUUAUUUCUAUUUUCUACUACCGUUCACCUACUUUUUAUUUUAUCUACAAAAUUGACGAUUGUAAAAUGAAAUUACUGAUAAACAAUGUCACUAUUACAUUGAUACAACUCUUAACAUUAUUUGAGUAAAACCCUUAUGUAGGUCAUAUAAGUUAAACUUAAGUUUCUAAACAAACUGAAAGAUUUAUUCAUAAUGAAUGUGUAUUGUAGUGUCAACUUUAUUUAAAGAUAAGGGAUUUUGCGCUCACUGGAGAACUUAGUACGAGUUAGUCUUACGUUUAACGAGAUCGAAACAAGAGCUCGUUCGACGCUGGGAUUGGUUGGUUCAUUCGAGCCGGCCAUUCAGAGCACCGAACGCAUUCUCGUUUUGUUUUCGUUCAACAUAAAGCAAACUCGUAUUUCUAGUAGCGCAGAAAUCUUCAUUUUAAUCGUAAAGUACUCUAAUUUCUACACGAUGCUGUGAAUUUAAAAUAUUAAAUAAAUACAUACUUAAUUAUCACCAGUUUUGGUCAAACGACCAGUUUAAGUAGAUAGGCGGUAAAACAAAUUAUUUGUGAUCUUUAUGUUGUUUUUAAUUGUUAACGUAUAUUUCUAGUUAAUAUAUAGACAACUUAUUCAAACUGUUAUGUACUUCAUUCAUGUCCAGUUAUCAAGACACCUGUUUUAAACCAAGUCGUAAUGGGCGGAGCUCACUCGCUAUUGGUCGACGACGCUCCGCCUCUUAAAUGCGUAUACGCAACAUACUUAUCCUUACGUAAUUAAAUAAAUACUUCCAAUUAAAUUAAACUUGAGCGUCUGAAAAUUUCCAAAACACAACGCCAAGUGCCUCUCUUUUUAGAAAUGACGUUUGUUUUUUUUAUAUAUAUUAUUAUUAGUUUUUUUUUUCGCAACCAGCCGUUUGGCACUGGUAUUAAAAACAUAGUACAAUCUGUAACUUAUUCCGGUAAUUGUACAAGUAACGAUAACCAUUGUAGUUAAUGAACUGUAACGAUCAAUAUAUAGAUGGUGUAACGAUACGUGUUAAUGUUACAUGUAUGUAUUUAUGUAAGUAACUGUGAGAGUGUAAGGUGCGAGUGUGAUAAUUACAUUCUGUUAUUUGUAUGGAGAUGAUUUUUUUUUGCUAUUUUUAGUGGUUUUUUUUUUUGUAUAUUAAGUUUAUAAGAGGUUUUGUUAGUUAGUCUCUUUAUAACACCUGGAAAUUCUUAGUUUUGUUCUGUGUGUGUAUCUCGGUACUUAUCGGACGAAUAUGCGUCGCGUAUCCUCAGUCGUGUAACGCCAGAACAGACAAAUAUAUAGAAAAACAAUUGACCGUUCACACUCGAUCGAUGAUGAUACGUCAGUACGACUGAUGAUACGCUCGACGUAUUUUACGUCAGAUAUGUACCGUUAAGUUGAACUUAUUCAGUAAUGGAAAGUAUUUAAGAUUUUCCCUAUUAAAUUGAUAGUUUAUUAGACAAAAUUUAGUCUGUAUAACAAUAGGACUAAUUAUAAACAUAACUGUUGGAUAUGAAUAGUAAAGGCGUAAUAUUAUAUUUGUUUAUGUACUCAAUAGAUUAGCGACUACUAAAUAAACUAAUUUCUAUUAUUUUCUUAGUAAUUUACUUUUAUUAAAAAAAAUCGUCUUCAUACAAAUAGCUGAACUAUUUCCAUGUUGUAAAUACUUUUAACAACUUUUGUUUGAUAGUUAUUACAAUGUUUAUUACGCAUUAUUAUUUAAUAUUUGAGAAAAAUAUAAUCACCAUUGCAUUUUA